AUGUCACUUCAAGUGAGAUUUAUUACAAGACUCGACAAAUAUUCCGUACCGGAUUCAACAUUGGUUAUUCCAUCAUCAUCGACCAAUGCACAAUUAGAAGCAAUUCUCAAAGGAUUAUUACAAUCAUCAGUAUCAUCGAAAGAAUUAACUCGUGUUUCAUUUGAUUUUUUAUGUUUAAAUCAAUUGAUUCGUUCAUCAUUAGAAGAACAUAUUCGUGAAAAAGAUGAAUCAUUACUUGAAUCAGUUAUUGAUAUCGAAUAUAUUGAAAAAUUCCAAGCUCCUGAACCCGAAGAUGCAUUAAUGCAUGAUGAUUGGGUUUCUGCAUGUCGAUCAUUAGGUGAUACAAUUUUAGUUGGUUGUUAUGAUACAAAAGUUCAUCUAUGGAAUAAUCAAGGAGAACAUAUAACAAGUCUUCCAGGACAUACUGGUCCUAUUCGAUCUCUUCUUUUUAUUCAUUCUGAUGAAGGUGAACAUGAAUUUAUUAGUGGAUCACAUGAUCAAACGAUUUUAAUCUGGAAAUAUGAUCAAAAUAAGAAUUCUGUUCAAUCAUUGAUUACUUGCAAAGGUCAUCAAGGAACAAUUGAAGCAUUAGCUCUGCAAAAAACAUGUUUUGCGUCUGGUUCAUUUGAUAAAACCAUCAAACUAUGGGGUUUAGAAGAACAAGAAGAUAAAUCAGCAACAAAAGAGUGUCGUGUAACAAUCAAUGCUCAUAAUGAGAAUGUUUCAUCAAUUGGUUGGAGUUCGUCAAAUGAACUUAUUUCAUGUUCAUGGGAUCAAUCAAUUAAAUUAUGGAAUAUGGAUACAUUACAAUCAACACAAACCUUCAAAUGUGGUAAAGCUGCUCUUUCUCUUGAUAUUUCACCUAUCAAUGGUUUAUUAAUUUGUGGUUUUACUGAUCGAUUCAUUCGUCUUUAUGAUACACGUGUUCAAGAAGGAUAUGUUCUUCGAUCAACAUUUUCAUCUCAUAGUCAAUGGGUUCCAAAUGUGAUGUGGUCAAGAACAACUGAACAUCUAUUUGUAUCUGGUUCAUAUGAUUCAUUAGUGAAAUUAUGGGAUACUCGUUCAUUAAAAGCACCACUCUAUGAUUUACAAGGACAUGAAGAUCGUGUUUUGUGUGUUGAUUGGUCAAUUAAUUCAUUGAUUUUAUCUGGUGGUGCAGAUAAUUCAUUGAAAAUGUUUUCAUUCAAAUAA